UUCUCCCUCCCUCCCUCCGAAUGACAAACACAUCCUGAAUUCAUUAACUGGGGCGUGUUCCCGGUUGGCCAGCCUCUGUAUUUUCCUCUCCCCGGCUCUGCCACUCCAUUGGUCGGCGGAUCUGUUGAAUGAACAGAUCUGCGAACAGCAGCGGGCAGGAGGAAGCAGCGUGGACCGCUGCGGCUGCGGGGAUCGACCGAGGCACAGCCAACACCAGCACCGGGGGAGCGCGCUGCGGUGGAGCCGCAGGGGGGGACGUCGGUUACCGGUUCUCUGUCGACCAGAGGUUCUCCGGAGGAGACCACAGGAACGUGAAUGAGGUUGAUGCUGCUUUGCUGCACCUGGAAGGACGAACGCAUGGGAGAGGAGGAAGCUGGAGGAAGCUUGCCGGAGUGCGCGGGAUGCAAAGAGAGGAUCUACGAUGAGCAGUACCUCCAGGCCCUCAACGCCGACUGGCACACCAUCUGCUUCAGGUGUUGCGAGUGCAGCGCCUCACUUUCCCACUGGUACUACGAGAAAGAUGGACGGCUGUACUGCAAGAAGGACUACUGGGCCAAGUUCGGGGAGCUGUGCCACGGCUGCAACGACCCGAUCACCACCGGCCUCAUCAUGGUUGCAGGAGAACAGAAGUAUCACCCAGAAUGCUUCAGCUGUCUGAACUGCAGGGCGUUUAUCGGUGAUGGAGACACAUACGCGCUGGUGGAGAGAUCCAAACUGUACUGCGGUCACUGUUACUACCAGACCAUCGUGACGCCCGUGUCGCUGCCGGACUCGCCGCACUCCCGGAUCCCGCACACCGUCACGCUCGUGUCCAUCCCCGCCUCUGGCGAGGGGAGCAACGGAUGCAGAGGGCGGGGCUUUUCUGUGGCGAUUGACCAGCCGCUCAGUCCCACCAACGGCUUCAGCCCGGAGAAUGGACGCACCGUCAGGGUGUCCCAAGUGGAUCCUGACUGCAUCAGCCCAGACGUAAAAAACUCCAUCCAUGUUGGGGACAAGAUCCUGGAAAUCAAUGGGACGCCCAUUCACAACGUUCCCCUGGAUGAGAUCGACCUGCUCAUCCAGGAGACCAGCCGGCUGCUGCAGCUCACCAUCGAACAUGACCCUCACGCUCAGGAGGGAGGCUCCUCGGAGGCCGAGGAUCAGGUGGACGGCUUCCUGUUCACCCCGGUGUUGGACGGCCCCAGCCCCACCCUGCCGAUCACGCAGGCCCCCAACCCUGACAUCAGCAACCUGAAAUCGCGCAUAAUCACGAGGAGCUGCAGCAUUGAUAAGUCACCGGGCUCCAGCAACGCAGCAUCACCCGUCUCACACAGGAAGGACAUCAACCGGUCGGAGUCGCUCCGCGUCGUCUCCAACCAGACUCACCGCAUCUUCCGCCCGUCUGACCUCAUCCACGGAGAAGUCCUCGGGAAGGGAUGUUUCGGACAAGCCAUAAAGGUGACUCACAAGGAAACGGGGGAGGUGAUGGUGAUGAAGGAGUUGAUUCGUUUUGACGACGAAACACAGAGAACUUUUCUGAAAGAGGUGAGCACAGACCUUACAGGCAGUCUUAGACUCAACUUCAUUGCAGAGUACAUAAAGGGAGGAACCCUGAGGGAAAUAAUCAAGAAGAUGGACAGUAACUUUCCCUGGAACCAGAGGGUCAGUUUUGGGAAGGACAUUGCUGCUGGAAUGGCAUAUUUGCAUUCAAUGAACAUAAUCCACCGGGACCUGAACUCGCACAACUGUCUUGUCCGAGAGGACCACACUGUGGUGGUGGCAGACUUUGGCCUGGCUCGGCUCAUGGUGGACGAUAAAUGUGAAAAUAAGCUGACGCAGGGAAAACUGUCGGGCCUGAAGAAGCCCGACCGCAGGAAGAGGUACACGGUGGUGGGAAACCCCUACUGGAUGGCUCCGGAGAUGAUUCAUGGGAAAAGCUAUGAUGAGAGAGUGGACAUCUUUUCCUUUGGUAUUAUGCUCUGUGAGAUCAUUGGUCGGGUCAACGCAGAUCCAGAUUACCUCCCCAGAGCGAUGGACUUUGGACUGAACAUUUCUGGCUUCCUGGAGAACUACUAUCCUCCCAAUUGUCCCCCUGCCUUCUUUCCCAUUGCUGCUUUGUGCUGUGACCUCGAUGCAGACAAAAGACCUGCAUUCUCUAAACUGGAGGAGUGGUUGGAGAACCUCAAGAUGCACCUGGACAUUGGUCUGCCGCUGAUGUCUGAACUGGACCAGUUGCACAAGGCUUUCUGGGAGCACCACAGCAUCCCGCGCCCUGAGAAAGGCCUGCACACUCAUCCGGAGCAACCCGAGUGAAGCGCCACGAGAGGUGUGGCAACGUUGGAGUUGACCCCUCCGGAGACGGUGACCCACCCGCCUCGGGUGGCAGAACGCUGCUGGAGGAGACCUUCUACUGGCCCGUCACGACUGAAGCAGAUGGCACUGGUUUUAGCUGGCGCAGGCCGGAUGAUAGACUCAGGGGGAAAAUAUGAAUUUGAAAAGCCACCAGUGUGUGAUGCCUGCACGUGUGCACACACACAUUCUCACUGCAGCUGCUUCUGAAGCUAACGUAAAAUAUUUCAUAUGCAAUCAGAAACAAAUUUCACCUAACGCUUUAAUCACAUAGAAUACUUUUUACUGUAGUGUGUAACUUCACAUGCAAAACAAAGCAGCAAGCCUUCAGCCGCGUCACUUCACGUCUCCAGACCGCGUGGUGCAGUUUGCGUCUACGGACAUUUGCUGUGUUUGGUUUUCUUUUGGAUCUCGGAACAGAAUUUAUUAGAAAUGCAAGCAAAACGCAACGGCCUCUCAGUAUCUGAGGGACAGUUUGUAGACCUUCUUGUACAAGUGAAGUGAAACUUCUCAAGCUUUAAGUAUCCAUUUGACAAAUGCAUGGCUGUAAAUAAUGCUGCCAGGUCAAUUCCCGCUUCAGUGUGCCCCUCUGACCCCAUUCAGUCAUGAACCACUUGGAGUUCCCCGUCUCUCCUGUUUAUACUGUAGCAUUGAAUUCAUGGUAAGGUACACGUCCUACGUUUGGUACGUCUUCUCUCCAUUUAGAGAGUUCUUAGUGCAUCGCAUUGAUAUUAACACUCAAAUACAUUAUGUGUACAUAAGCGGCAACUUUGUAAAUGUUUUAAAUAUUGUAAAUGUACAGACAUAUUUUAUAUACGUAUGUUACAUCGCCAUAUUUUUAUUGGCUGGCCGGCUGAACGGAGACUGGAGGUGUCACUGCAGUUAAAAAGGCACGGCAAAAAUAUUUUUUAAUUUACGUGUUGUCACUGGGUCAGGGUAAAUGCUUUGAGACCAUCUUCAAACACCUAAAAACCUCUGCUAAAAAUGAUUUUAAAACAAACAAACAAAAACAAAAAAAACUUGAGAACCAAUUCUGAUAAAUGUACGCAUUCACUUUUCAACCCUUCUGCAGUUAAGUCAAAUGUUACUACAACUUUGCAGCUACAGUGCCUCGAUGAGUAUUUAUACCAUAAACCUUUUCACAAUUUGUCGCUUUAGUUUGGAAGGAUUUACCGGUUUCCAAUAGAAAGGUUUCAGAACCAUAAACUUUUAUGUAUUUUAUUGGGAUUUUAAGUUGGUGAACUAAUUGGACUUGUCCCUACCAACUUUGCACAUUUUCCGACUGAGAUCUUUACCCAUUUUUCUUUGGCACAAGAGCUCAAAAUCAGUGAGAUACCAAGUACAUGGUAUUCAAUUAAUUUCAAAAACGUCUUAUGAAUCCCAGAGAAAAAAAAACUAUUAAAUAAUAUAUACAUUUUAUAGCUAUCAUCAAUUUUCUCAAUUGGAUUUGGGUCUGGACUUUCACUUGUGACACAUGAUAAAGCUGUAGCUUUGACUUUAUGUGUGAGGAAGUUUUGCCGCUGAAAUCCUCUACUUUUUAUUAACCUCUCACAAGAAAGUCCCAAUUUAAAACAUUGAAGUUUCUGUUUGUGUUCCGAGAAAGUAUGAAACAACUUAAGGGGUGUAAAUAUGUUUGGAAGGCACUGUACAUAUUCUGAUCAUCUCUAUUCCCCAUACCGGAAUAAUAAUCCAUGCUCUCAUUUCUGACGUACUGUAUCAUAGUGAAGGUGUUACAUCACCACGUACUGCCUCAUCAUGUCAGCUGUCUGUCCAUGUUCCUGUCUGUCCUCCUGAGGAUCGACCCCACUGUUUGUUUACAUAUAAGAGCUAGAUGUACUGUAAAUAUCUCUGUAUAUAUACGCGUCUGUCUCCUCAAAAAUAAUCUCCAGCACUGUCAGAUUUCUGCGGCACCUUCUAGCAAACCGUCUCUCUGUCUUUAUUCGGCGAAUCUUUUAGUUUAUUUUAAAUUCGCUGCAUGAUGUAGUGGCCAGGUCUUCUCCGCUUUUACUCCAAGCUACUUUAGUCUAUAAACAUUGUAUUUUUGUUUGUUAAAUAAAUAAAAUGCAAAUUUGGAGUAAAAGAUAAAAAAAAAAAAAAGUCAAGCAAGAAAAGCAGGGCUGAGUAGAAAAAGUUUUUUUUAAAAAUUCAAAAAAUCUGUUUUUCUGUAUCUACCCUCUGAAACUCUUUUGUACACAUUUGAGUACUUUUGUUUGCACUAACUGGCUGAUCUGGGCCGUGUCUUAUUUCUUUUUCUCUUGGACUACUUGUGAUAAGGAAAAUGAUCAAUGUGAGUUCAGGUUGAUAUUUGAAUGCAAGCCACUGAUGGAGCCUUUCAACUGUUAAAAAAAAGGGAUCUGGUGAGUUCACCCUCUCGGUAGCAAAUUGGACUCAUUUAAUUAUUUAGAUGCAGCUCAAAUUGAAUUAAAAUCAUGUAUGCCAUGCAAUAUAGUCCUAGGCGCAGAAACAGCUAGCUGGGUUGCAUUUUAGAGAUGAAAUGCUGGUGUUUUUGCUACUGUGAGGUUGUGAUGACCCAGUUCUGCCUGCUGCCUACAGACUGGCUCUUUGUGAGUGGUGUUCUGUGCCGUUUCUGACUGCUUGUGAUGCCCACGGAGGCUGCAAUCACUCUUUCUGAUAGCUGAGCGCUCAAAACCUCACCUCUUCCUCACCUUAAAUCUUUUUGGCUCAGGGCCGUAAUAUUUUCUGGAGCUUUUUCCUCAGAUCUUGAUAAGUACCCACUGGUAACAGUGAGACUGGAGGAGCAUGUAAACGCCUGUCACUCUGUAGGGGGAAAAAAAUAACAAAAGCCCUCCCCCGUUUUUCACAUGCAUGCACACACACACAAGUGGCGCCGUGUUUCCUUCACCGCUCCUGUCUGAGCCACGUCGAGCAUGUUAGAUGUCAGUCGGGAUGUGUUGAUCACUGAGAAUGUCGCCGCAGCACUACUUUGCAAAGGAUCGUUACCUCUGAACAAUGCUGUGCCUUUGUUGUAAGCUAGCCUUGCCAACGACUCGAAAACAUGAACUGAUUUCCUGUUGAGUUUUUUAUUUUAAUGCAUCGUCAGUGCAAGCCUGAUUCAAGCGAACUGAACAUCAGAGUUGACACCAUGACCUAUAAGAUUUCAUCUUUUUCUGCAUCAUAUUUAUAUUUUCAGGAUCUCCAUUGUCAGUUUUGAUACUUUAAUAUUAUAUUCUUUUUUUUUUUUUGUCUUAUUUAAUUUUUUUUUUUUUUUUUUUUUUUUUACACAAGCUGUGAAAAACGAUUCUGCACUUUAAUCCUGAACAUUUGGACUAUGAGGAGGUUACUGUGUUUCGUUUUUUUUUGUUUUUUUUUUCUGUAUUUUGUCUCACAGCUGAAAAUAAAAUGAUGCUUCUUAAACAAA